AUGCCUAAACGACCAAAAAUUGUCUCCGUAUACAAUGACGUUGAUAAAGAAAACACUCAGCAUGUUGUCCUCCCAAUUGUUACUCGAGACGAGGCAUCUCAUAGAAGAAAAUUAAGAAAAUUAAUCUUGGAUAAUAAGAAAUCAAAUGUGGGAACUACAUCGUCAUCCCUCAAUAUUGAUUCCACUAAUAUUAAUUCCACUUCCACUCCGUGUGUUACAUCUGAUAACAUAGUCAACAAAAUUGGUUUUCACAAUUUUGAAUCCACUCCUGAGGUGACUAAUAAUGUUAAUUCAAGUCUUUCAAGUAUUGUAACAAGUAACAAUAUUUGUAGUACCAGCAAUCGUACAACGACAAAAAACGAUAUUGGGAAUAAUAUUUCAACUGGCAUCACAUCAACCACCUGCACAUCAUCAUUGAACCGUAAUUUGCAAAGGCUAUCAUCUGGCAAACGUAAGUUGGUAUCCAAAGCACGUAUUUCGUCUCCUAUACCAAUGAUCGACUUGACCACAGAUGAAACCGUAGUACGAGAUCCUUAUAAAGGUGUUUCUACAGAUUAUUUAGAUCACGGUGAUCAAGUUAUUACUUGUGAAGUUUGUUAUGCAAAGUUAUGGGACGUAGAGAAAGGAAGCGGAAGAAAAGAGGGUGGCAAAAUAUGUCAUAUGUUAUGUUGUGGUUAUGCCAAAGUUGUGUUACCGGAUUACAAAACCGCGACACCUUAUUAUAAAAGUCUAUUCAUGUCAAAUGACAAUGAAAGCAAGCACUUUUUGAAGAACAUUCGACGAUACAAUUCUAUGUUCGCGUUUACCUCAAUGGGUGGUAAGGUUGACCAAACCGUGAAUACUGGUAAUGCUCCUUUUUGCUACAGAAUUAGUGGUGAAAAUUACCAUUCUAUUGGUAGUCUUGUGCCACCAAACGGAGUGAAGCCUAAAUUUUGUCAGUUAUACAUAUACGAUACUGAAAAUGAGUUGGCAAACAGGACUUCAGACAAUGCUUCCUCAUCAUCCACUUCAGAUGAAACCGAUAAUAAGCUGAUACAACAAAUCAAAGCAAUGUUUGAUGCCGAAAAUGUGCUUGUGAAAAUUUAUAGGAUGGUUAGAGAUUGCUUCCAACAAAAUCCUUAUACCACUUUAAAGCUUCGCCUUAUUGGCAAAAGAGAACAAGAUGGUCGGACUUAUAACUUACCUACUUCCUCAGAGGUUGCUGCUCUUAUUGUUGGAGAUAUCGAUAACGCACUUGAGAAAAGAGAUAUCGUUGUCGAGACACAAACAGGUUCAUUAAAAAGAAUAAGUGAAUUGCAUCCAUCCUAUCUUGCACUUCAGUAUCCUAUUUUGUUCCCAUAUGGAGACGACGGUUACAGAAUUGACAUACCACAUAGGGGUGUCAUUGAUGUUACUAACAAGAAACGUCCGAAUUGUACAAUGAGAGAGUUUUUUGCGUAUCGUGUACAAGAUCGUAGUAACCAGUUUUCAUUGAUUCUAAAUUCUCGACGCUUAUUCCAACAGUUUUUGGUUGAUGCUUAUACGAUGAUUGAGAGCGAGCGACUUAACUUUAUAAGAUUUCAGCAACAAGAUCUCAGGUCUGAUACAUAUGAGAAUAUCCGGAAACUAAGAUAUAACGGCCAACAAGAUUUGUCUAAGGUUGGAAAACGUAUUUUCCUUCCAUCUUCCUUUACAGGCGGGUCACGAUAUAUGAUGCAAAACUAUCUUGACGCAAUGGCAAUUUGUAAAUGGUAUGGUUAUCCAGACUUUUUUAUAACCAUUACCUGCAAUCCCAAAUGGCCGGAGGUUCAAAGGUUUCUUAAGGACACAAAUCUUAAUCCGGAGGAUAGGCCUGAUAUUUUAUCUCGAAUUUUUAAAAUAAAGCUGGAUGCCAUUUGUAAAGAUUUGAAAGACCGUGAUUUGUUUGGAAAAGCUUCUGCUGUUGUUUACACUAUUGAGUUUCAGAAGCGAGGAUUGCCUCAUGCACAUAUGUGCUUAUUCAUGGAGAAUGAUUACAAACUUCCAACUGUAGACCAUGUUGAUCAGUUUAUUUCUGCAGAAAUCCCUGAUUUAAACCAAGACCCGGAACUAUAUACGCUUGUGAAAGACCAUAUGAUUCACGGUCCAUGUGGUAAUGCUAGAAUGAGCUCUCCAUGUAUGGUUGAUAGAAAAUGUUCAAAAGGUUUUCCAAAGAAAUUUCAAGAUCACUCAACCUUGGAUUCUAACGGAUUUCCCUUAUACAGAAGAAGAGAUGACGGUUCCUUCGUUUUAAAAAAUAAAAUUCAGUUAGACAAUAGAAGUGUUGUACCUUAUAACAAAAAGCUUUUGAAAAGAUAUCAGGCGCAUAUAAACGUUGAAUGGUGCAACCAAGCGGCGUCAAUAAAGUAUUUGUUCAAGUAUAUUAAUAAAGGUCCUGAUAGAGCAACAGUUGCUGUGGUUCCGAGCAACAAUGAAAACGAACAAGCAGAAAAUGAUGAAAUUAAAGAGUAUUAUGACUGUAGGUAUAUAUCUGCGUGUGAAGCGUCUUGGAGGAUUUUUUCUAAUGAAGUUAAUUAUAGGAGUCCUUCUGUUAUGCGUCUUCCUUUCCAUCUUCCUGGACAACAAACAGUUUGUUCCGGUCCAGAUGAAGAUAUUAAUCAAGUGCUAAACAAACCAUCUGUGAACUCAUCAAUGUUUUUAGCUUGGAUGCAACGUAAUCAAGAUCCUAACGACCAUGUUGCACGUACACUAACAUACGUACAGUUUCCGCGUUUAUAUGUUUGGAAGCUUGACAAGCGUAUAUGGGUUCCGAGAAUAAAAGGAAAAACAAUUGGAAGAAUUCAUUCCGUUUCUCCUUCUACCGGUGAAGCGUACUAUUUAAGAAUUCUUCUUAACAAAGUUAAAGGACCAACAUCGUUUGAUGAUAUUAAAACAGUUAAUGGUCGAGUGUACGAUACUUUUAGAGAUGCUUGCUAUGCGCUUGGUUUGUUGGAUGACGACUCUGAGUAUAUUGAGGCCAUCAAAGAAGCAAAUAUAUCAGGUAGUGCAGGUUAUAUUCGCAAUUUAUUCGCCACCAUGUUACUGUCAAGCACAUUAUCUAGACCUGAAGUUGUCUGGGAAAGCACAUGGAAGUAUAUGACAGAUGAUUUUCUCAAUGGUCUCAAAGUGUCUGGUUUACCAAAUCAUAGGUUAGUGCUUAAAGUUGGCGUUCCAGUAAUGUUGUUGCGAAAUAUUGACCAACGAAAUGGUUUGUGUAACGGUACAAGGUUAAAGGUCACAAAACUUUACAGCCGUGUUAUUGAAGCUGAGAUAAUUUCUGGUGGUAAUAUUGGUUCUCGGACAUUCAUACCUAGAAUCAAUUUGGUACCUUCGGACCGAAAGAUUCCUUUUGCAUUUCAAAGGAGGCAAUUUCCAAUAACUGUAUGUUUUGCAAUGACGAUUAACAAAAGCCAGGGACAGUCGCUAUCUAAGGUUGGGUUGUACCUAAGACAACCAGUUUUCACACAUGGUCAAUUGUACGUAGCUUUAUCCAGGGUUACAAGACGAGAUGGAAUCAAGUUACUAAUACUUGACAAUGAUGGCAGGCCUACAAAUAAAACAACCAAUGUCGUAUAUAAAGAGAUAUUCAAUGGAUUGUGA